AGUCCUCUCCCCGAGCAUGCGCAGUACAGAAAUCCAAAAUGGCGCUGGGCCGGCAAGUCUAUAACCUGCUCUUCCGACGGACGUCGACCUUCGCGCUCUCGGUCGUCGUGGGCGCCUUGGUCUUCGAGCGGGCCUUCGACCAGGGCGCGGACGCGCUCUUCGAGCACCUCAACAGAGGGAAGCUGUGGAAGCACAUCAAGCACCAGUACGAGACGCCUGAGGAGUGAUGGAGGACGACGCCCAAGACGGCGGGACCUGAAGAGAAAGGAGUCCCCUCUCUCUCUCUCUCUGUGAACAAUAAAAUGUCACUUUCCUGCUCUCUA